AUGAUUCUUAAACGUGUAAAUAAAACUAUUGGAUACUACAAUUAUCCUACAACUGGAAAAAUUUAUUUUUUUUAGUAUUUGGAUUAUGGAUUGCCCUCAUACACCCUCAAAUUUGUAAUAUGCGUGGUAAAAAGAAUUUAGCAUAAAAUUCAUUUUAUCAAAACAAAAACAUUUAACCUUUAAAUGCAUAAUUCCAACAAAAUAAGCCAGCCGAUUUUGCUGAAAAAAAUGGCAUCGUGUCUAGCAUCAAAAAAUUACCAAUUAAUACAUUAAUUUUUAUCUGUUAGAAAUGCCGGCAGAAAUACAUGUAGAAAUUGCAUCCUGUGUACCGGGCUUUAGAAAAGUCAUCUAAACCUAGGACGCAGGAAGUGUUGCUUGUCUACUUUUGUCUAUGCUUUGCCCCUACCAUAAUAGAUUCUGUGAGGAGGCGGCAAAUCUGAAAGGAAUAAUUGGGCAUAGUUUUAAAAGCAAGAGCUAUUACCAGGAAAAAGCCAUCAGAGUGGUGUUUAUAAAACGUUUUUGAUACCCGAACUUUAAGGAUCCGUAAAACAAUGUGAGUAUUGUGCAUCAAAUCAUUUCUAUUCUCUCUUGCGAGUGCGGCAUUUAUUUGUACCUUUUAAUUUUUUUUUGCUAUAUUUUUUUCUGUAUCAAACGCGCCGCCGAAAACAAGUUUCGCGGCUGAACGUUGCACGUGUGUAUUUUAAAAAUUGGUUAUUUUCAACGAGUUAGGACGGGUAAAGAGACAUCUCCGUGUCCCCCGAAAUAUGUCUGCAAAGCUAUCGAAAAAAGGCCGCAAUCCAGGAAUGGUGGAUAAUUGGUUGGAUGAGUUGGGAUUUUAUAGAAAAAAUGUUGCCUACGAUGAAACGUGUUUUUUCCGUGCCGUUAGUGAACAAAUAUUUCAUUGCCAAAUUUUUCAUGAAAAGGUCCGAAAGCAAUGUAUCGAAUAUGGUAGAAAGAAUUAUCUAAAAUUUAGUGAUCUGAUGGAAUCAGAACAGGCUUGGGACAAUCAUUUGGAUAUGUUGGAAAAGCAUAUGGUAGUUUGUGGAAACAUAGAAAUUCAUAUAAUAAGUAAAAUGUUUGAGCGGGAUGUAAUGUUAUUCCAUGCACAGCAACAAAACGUCUACAAUGUUACCAAACAAAAUAUUGCUAACUUACCCCUUAUGUUGUGUUUAAUGGAUGAUGAUCAUUAUGAUGCUGUAUACAGGAAAGAGCAUAUCUCAAAUACUGGCUUUUGCCAAUCUAUUGUUUAUAAGAUAUUGUAUCAGGAGGUGUUCAAAAUACCAAACAUUGAUGAUAUUGUUGGUGGUAUGUUAUAUGAAAAAGCGCCGGUAAUCAAUCAACUUGAGCUGGAGGAAAGGAAAAUCCCCAAGGAAGAGGAGAAGAGGUUGGAAGAAGGGGGCAUUGUCAUCGCCCCCUUUCCAUUCAAAGUGGCUAAAGCUUUGGACCCAACCAUUUACCGAAACAUUGAGUAUGAUUCGUGGGGUGAAGUGCGUAGAGAACUUCGCCUGGGAGAUUGGUAUUAUGGUGAUGAUAAGCUCAAGCUUGGUACUAGGUGUAUUUUACAAGAUGACAUGUUGGAUGAAUCCUUCGACUGUUACAUACAAGAAAUAACAAAGGAUAAAAAUAAAUGUGUUGUCUACCUGACCAAGUUGGCAGAAAAAAGACUGGUUAAUUAUUCAGAUUUGUCUCCCGAAAAUGAUGCCAAGCCCUGGCCUCUUCCUUACAGAUUCUCCAAAAAUGUUAUAAUUGCCGAACAAGCAGUCCCACAGCUACCUCCCAUGGACAAAGUGAGAAGCAUGCGGAAGAAAAACAAGGAGAAGAGGCAAACAAAAAAUUCAAAUAAUUCUGUAGAAAAUGCCAACCCUUAUCUAGGCGUUCCUCUACAAAUGCAAAGUCCCGGCAAAGUCGAAGUGGCUACUGAUACGACAGGACUCUCAGUUCCAUCCCCGGACAGAAUUGUAUCACCAGUCACUCCAGAGGUUAACAAUUACCCCCAAAGGUACCAGUGGGAGCCGGUGCAUUGGUCAAACGCUGCUUAUUUGACACCUGAAGUGCCUUACUACCCCGCUACCCCGGAGUCGUUUAUUUCGUCUCACAACGUAUUCAAUUUUGAUGUUAAGCCCGUGACUUCUUCCGCUGCGGUCACUUCCAACGCGAUCCCAUGUCACGAUCCCAACUAUCCAUACUGUCUUAACUAUUUCGCCGAUUCUCACAAUUCGUUUUUGCAAAAUGAACCAGUUCUUCUGAACGAUGAAGUGUUAUCGAAGCAGCAACAGCCCCACGACAGGUACAUCACGGCGUUGGGGCCUCAGACGCCACAGCCAGUCGAAAUAUAUUCGCCGAUGGUGCUGCCAUCUGGCGCGAUCGUUUACACUCCACUACCGUCGGAUAUAGAGGUCAUGCCAUCCUCGCCUUUGCUGUACACUCCGCCGAUUGACGUACAGUACAUCGCUCCACCCAAUUACGUAUACACGCCGCCGCAAAGCGCGCAAUGGUACCACACCCCGCCUCCUUCCGCAUUCCCAUGCAACUCGAGCGGAUUCAUUUUUCCUCAGCCCCAAAAUUAGGAACGUUUUUGUGUAGGCGUUUCUUUUUUUGUCUUUCCUGUCGUUCGGUUUUUGUUUAACAUUAAGUUUAGAACGUGUUCCUUUGUACCAACUACUUUUUAAGAGUAUAAAAACGUUACACCAGCUACUUUAUAAAUAGAGUAAAACUAAUAUGUUGCCAACUACUUUAUUGUGCGUUGGGAAGGGUAUUUGUUAAGUUUAAUUGUAAUAAGCUUCAAAAGCAAUUUAUUAAGUAUAUCAUGAUUGUGAUUGUAAUAACAGGGCUUCACUUUUUAUUCCCUGCAAUGUUCUUUUUUUACCAAAUAUUUACAGUUGCUUUAUACCCAAGGAAACUAUUUUUGAGUUGUAACACUUGUGUUAUCUUUAAGAGUUAAUUUUUUAUUUUUUUGUAAUUUUUUAUAAUAAAACUUA